UCUGUACUUCCUGGCAAUAUCUCUCAUUCCUCUACUUAAAAUUUUAACUAAAAAUACUUUUGGCUAAAUUUGUAACUAAAACUUCUUCAUUUGGUUUCUCAAAAUUAAAUUUUAAUUAAAUUCUGCACAAUGCUUCCCAUCGAUCCUCACAACGAGAUGGCCUACUCCUUCGUCGUUUUCGGAGCCUCAGGUGUUUUGGCCAAGCAGAAGCUGUUUCCAGCGCUCUGGGCCCUCUACCGGGACCAUCGUUUGCCGCAGGGCUUCAAGAUAUUCACCUUCUGCCGGAGUCACCUGCAGACGAAGACCUUGCGGCUGCAGGUGCUGCCCUACAUGGACCUAGACAAGAGCCGGGACCCGAAGAAGUACAACCUCUUCUGGACGAACGUGCACUGUGUGCAGGGUGAGUACGACAGGCCGGAGCACUAUGUGGCCCUCGGCGAGGCAAUGGCUCGCCAGGAGGCGAAGCACGGCCAGGUGCAGGCGAACCGCAUCUUCUACCUGGCCCUGCCGCCGGUCGUCUUCGACCAAGUGACCCUCAACGCCAGCCGCAAGUGCACCUCCUCCUCGGGCUGGACUAGGAUCGUGGUGGAGAAGCCCUUUGGGCGGGACGACGUCUCCUACCGCGCCUUCCAGACCUCGCUGUGCAACAGCUUCCGGGAGUCGCAGAUCUACCUGAUGGACCACCUGCUCAGUCGCCAGGUGAUGCAGAACUUCUUCGCGCUGCGCUACUCGAACCACCUGUGGGGCGAGACCCUGAACCACCGCCACGUGGCGGCGGUGAUGAUCUCGGUGAAGAGCGAGCUGUCGGUGUCGGCGGGACGCGCGGACUACUUCAACCACUUCGGCAUCAUCCGCGACCUGAUGACCAACCACAUGGUGCAGGUGCUGGCCAUGCUGACCAUGGACCAGCCGUACGCGAACACCGCCGACGACCUGCGUGCCGAGCGGCUGAAGGUCCUGCGCCAGGUGCUGACCCCCACCAUGGCGGACGUGGUACUGGCCCAGUACCGCAACAACGGGCGCGAGGCGGACCCGGCCAAGUGCGGCUUCACGGAGCACAGCUACGUGCCGAAGGACUCCUUCACGCCCACCUUCGCCCUGGUGGUGCUGCGCAUCAACAACCGCCGCUGGACCGGCGUGCCCUUCAUCCUGCGGGCCGGCCAGGCCCUGAACGACACCAAGUCGGAGGUGCGCAUCCAGUACAAGCCGGCGGACUGCGACGUCUUCCACGGCGAAAGCGCGGACGCGCGCAACGAACUCGUCCUGCGAUCCUCGCCCACGGAGGAGCUCUUCAUGCGCGUGCGCCUAAAGCGGCACGGCGAGGAUCUCUGCCUGCGCGAAAGCGAGAUCAACCUGCGUGUGGACGAACGUCGUGGACCCAGGGGCGUCGAUGGCUAUUGCGGCUCCCUGCUCAACGUCAUCCAGGGCGACCAGACCCUCUUCAUGCGCACCGACGAGCAGUGCGAGAUCUGGCGCAUAUUUUCCCCCAUCCUUAGCUCAAUCGAAUUCGACCGCCCCCGGCCGCUGCACUACGAUUUCGGGUCCCGGGGACCGCUGCAGGCCUACCGCCAGGCGGAGCGUGCCGGCUUCGUCUUCUUCGCCUCGGACGAGUGGCACCAGAGCGAGGCGACGCUGGAGUACACGCUCAAGCGGAGCAAACAGCUCAUCGGACCCCACACCGCACUCAGGCCGGUCCGGGAGCCCCGCUCGAAGCUCAGCUCCAAGUCUUAGGGCUGAAAGUGGGCUAAUGAAAUCUAGAGCGAAAGUUUUUUAAUUAAGCAAGUGCUGAAUGCAGAACUGCACCAGCUGGCCACCGCUUCACCUUGACCGCCCCACUAGCCUAGCCCUUUACUUAACAACACUUUUCCUCCAGUUCGGUGUUCUUGUGCACUGCACUUGCUGGCAAUGUUUCUGGGUAGGAUGUUGCCCCGGGGGUGUAGCAACACGCAUGGCUUGGCCAUUGUCCAUUGGACUAAGGAUUGCACGGAGCUGGUAAACAACAGCAGCCCUUGAAUUCCCUAGGAAAGUUAUGUCUUCUAAUAAUUGUACUUAGAACCCUUUGUCAUGCGUAAUA